CCAGUCCCUGUAGUAACCGAGGAACUUACAGAAAAACUUGAAGAGACGAUCAAACGGAGAAUAUUGGAUGAAACAUUUGAUGAUGUAGAACGUAAACGUGAUCCCAAUUUUAAACCUUUUUUACCUUCAAAAUUAGUUGAAAUAUCAGAUGAAAAAUCAAAGAAAUCUUUGGCGGAAAUUUAUGAAGAAGAUUACAUUAGACUAACGAAGACGACAACAGAAUCGGGAGAAGUGAUUAAUGAAAAAGAUGAAGCAUUAAAAAAAGAACAUCAAGAAUUGGAAAAUAUGUUUAAGGAUUUAUGUUUCAAGUUAGAUGCCUUAAGUAAUUUUCAUUAUACACCGAAGCCGCCUAAACCUGAAAUCAAUGUUAUUACAAAUGUGCCAGCUAUCGCUAUGGAAGAAGUAAUACCAAUUAAUGUUAGCGAUGCGACCUUAUUAGCACCUGAAGAAGUAUAUGAUAAGAAAAAAGGAGAAGGUGAUACUGAAAUGAAUUCAAAUGAUAAGAAACAAUUACAUGCCAAGAAAAAACGAUUAAAGAAGAAAGAGAAGGCUAUGAGAGAACGUGAGAUAAAAGUAAUUGAAAAGAUGAAUCCUGGAUUAGGAAACAAGCACUCCAAGAAAAAAAUGUUAGAUACAUUAAUAGGUCAAAAGAAUGUCACAAUUAUUGACAAGGAUGGUACCCAAAAAUCUACAGUUAAUAAGAAAGGUAGAGAUAUCGAUUUGAGUUCUUCAAAUCUGAAAUUAUAG